AUGGAGAAAGCUAUUGCUUCAUAUGAUGAUGAAAAUUUCCGCGGCAAUGUUCAAACAAGGUUGAGAAAACUCAAUGAGGGGGUUGUCCAAGCUACACUAUUGGCAUUAGCUGAACUCAAGCGCUUAAACAUGACGGAAAAUGUGACUUCAACCUUAUCAAUUGACGACAUGCUUCCGGCAGUUGUUCAAGGUGCAAUUGGAAUAGCCUGUAGAAGUAAUGAUGAUAAAAUGGCAGAAUACAUUGCUUCAUUGAAUCAUGAAGAAACAAGAUUGGCGGUUGUCUGCGAAAGGGCCUUCCUCACGACUUUGGAUGGGUCUUGCCGCACUCCUAUCGCCGGUUAUGCUUGCAGAAAUGAGGAUGGUAAUUGCUUGUUCCGAGGACUAGUUGCUUCACCAGAUGGAACUCGCGUUCUAGAGACAUCGAGGGUUGGUCCAUAUGUUGUUGAAGAUAUGAUUGAGGUGGUUCUAUUAAAUUGUUUCUUAUCAGGCAUCUAUUAA